AUGUCUUCCAAAUUUGCUGCUCACGUUGAAUCCAAACCUAUCAGAGACAUCUAUCAUUUCAAGGAAUCUUACUUCGGAGGUGUUCCCGAGUUCAAUUGGACACUCGAAGAAUACGAAAAGAAACAUAUGGAACACAAGUGCCUUACCGAAAACUUUACAAAAUUAGGCGCCAAUGACAAGAUCAAAUUGUUUGUCGAUUUCGAUCUGAGAUUUGAGGAAGAAUCCGAUCUGCCCUCUGAAGAAGUCGAGACUGAAAUCCGUAAAGGUGUUGAUAAAGUAUUUACCUCCUUGUAUUUAAAUGAGGAUAUUACUUUUCAUUCUGCGUUCCGUACAAUGGGAUACGCUCCUAAGCACACCAAGGACAAAAAUGGUAAAUACGUCGAAACCGGUGGUGGAUAUAAAGUCUCUUAUCGCCUAUGGGCAGACGGUAUGUAUACGACCCGGAAUGAAAUGAAGAAGAAACUCAAGAAAUUCAUCCCAGAUUUGUCCGACUUCCCGGAUGUUGUUCGAGACUACAAUUUCAAGGAUGGAUUUUUUGAUCUUUCUGUCUAUGACAACAAUCGGUCCAUGGUGAUGGUGGACAAAGUCAAAAAUCGUUGGGAUAACCGACUUCUCAUCAAAAGCGAACCGGAUGCACCGAUCUCUUCGUAUAUCAUUCAAUAUGUAGAGGCGGACUGGACCCCGGUUGAAUGGACAAUUCAAUCUGAUAGUAGAAAGCGUCCUGCCAAUGAUGAAUUUGUCCUGGUUCCGGACUCGGACCUUGAAGACCAACCGCAACCAAAGAAGAAAAAGGUCACUCCAUCCCGAGGUGAAGAGAACGUGACUUCAAUUGCUCAUGAUAUUAUUAGAAAGCAUUACCCAAACGCUUACCUUCUACGGGAUCUGAGUGAAGCGAAGAUACUCGACCACGCUGUUACCGUAUUCGUCAAGGGGAAAUACUGCAUGGUCGAGAAGGCUGACCACGAAGUGUCAGUCUCUAAAAUGUACUUCACUCUAACUACAAAGAGGCUCAAAUUCAAUUGUACUCACUGUAACGGAACCCGAAAUUCAGAACAUGGGGACAAACGUCUCGAUGAGUGUUUCGACAACGAUGUGGAAAUUGUAAAACCUGGUGAGCGCCUGAGUAUCAAACGUGCUGCUCAAGUGUACAAAACCCAUGACUAUGAAGGAGUCAUCAUGUAUCUGAAUAACUAUUGGGCAAAAGUCACCGAGGAAUCCUCCGUCUUCAUUGCCUCUAGAACAACAAUAGAUUCACCGUGGCUUCUCAGAAAGCCGUCUGAAUUUGAAUCAGCCUUCGGCCAUUUGAAGUUCACCUAUUUAGAAGAAUCUUUGGGAAACGAUGGAAAAACCACAUACACACAGCAAGUCUUCCCUUUGGUCGCAAACUGGAAAAUUGAUAACAAAAUGCGAACAUUCAGGCACGUGAAAUUUAGGCCGGACCAUGUAGGGGACCACGAAGACGAAUACUUGAAUCUCUUUCAGGGAUUUCAGGGAAAAAAGUUGCUAGCAUUUGAUGAAGCAAAGUUCAAACUGCUUUUAGAUCAUGCCAAGAACAUUCUCUGCUCAGGCGAUGAGGAAUUCUACUCGUACUUGAUACAUUGGUUAGCGCAUAUAGUUCAAUUCCCGGGACAAAAGACACAAACAGCACCGGUUUUCUUUAGCAAACAAGGGACGGGAAAGAACAUCUUUUUUGACUUCUUCGCCAAAUUCAUUAUCGGAACCGCUCAUUCGUUUUACACCAAUGAUAUUGAUCAAGUUACAGGGAGGUUCAACGCGGCUCAAGCGGUCUGUAUUUUCAUGGUAUGUGAUGAGGUUACCUUCGCGGGUGCUCAUAAACAGAACAAUAAAUUGAAAAGCAUCAUCACCUCAGCGCAAACAGCACUUGAGCGGAAAGGUCGGGACAUCAUCAUGGUAGAUUCUUGCCUCAACGCUGUGUUUCUCUCCAACAAUGAAGAUGCCAUGCGGAUUGAAAACACUUGCCGACGAUACGGCGUCAAACGAGCGGCCUCCUCGCGGAUCGGUGAUGAGGUGUAUUUCAAAACGCUUGGUGCACAUCUGACACAAGAAGUUGCAGAUCACUUUUACACAUAUCUUUUGUCGCUGGAUCUUUCUGAUUUCAAUGCGCGGAAAGUCCCUGAUACCGAAGAAAAACGGGAGAUGGCAGGAUAUUCGAGAUCCCCUUUAGAUCUGUUUAUUGACGACAUAUUGGCAGGGAAUAUCGCGUACAAGGUAGUGAACGGACAUUUCGUAGAAGAGGACAUGGAGAGCAAGUGGGUUCCUGGACAUACGGAAUAUUUUGAACUAGGUGUCUCAUACGAUUUAACAAUGAAUGAACUAUUUGACCUGUUCACCACUUUCUGCAAAACCGAACAAGGUGGUCGAGUGGAGUCAAAAUUGACCAAAGCCAUUUUUUCAAAACGGAUUAGAAGGAUACUAAACAUCGAGAACCGGUUGUGCAACAGACGAGGAGGAACCCCCAUAACAAUGGUACUGGAGCGCAUAGAUACUGAGUGA